CUUCCUUCUUGAACGUGUUGUGGUUAUUGUGGAACCCAGAGGCAAACUUUUCCUUGCCGGUGCCUCUGCUUUUUUUGUCGGGAAGGUUCUAGAAAGGAUUGAUCAAAGGAGACACUUUCCCCAAGAGGAAGAAGCCGCCGAUUAGUGUCGAUUUAGGGGUCCCACUAUCCUGCCCUCCCUCCUCUUGCCGGGCAAUGGAAGGAGGUCUUACGCAGGAAGAGCCGCUGGUGAGCUGCCCGGUUUGCCUGGUGGAACUUCCAGCUGCGCGCAUCAACUCACAUCUGGAUAGCUGUUUGCAGCUGCAGGGCGAAGGGGAAGACUUGUCCAGCGGAGAGGUCGGAGGCAGGAGCAACAGCGCCCCAAAGCCCGCAGCAGGAGUGGGGCUGCCCCCUUUGGCACAGCAGCCCUGCUUUAAGAAAAUGCGGCUCUCCCAAUCUCCGGAACGGAGAAAGAAAGACGAGGAGCCGGGAAGUGACCUCGGUUCUCCCCCGGUGUUUUCCCUUUUUCACAGAGGCAGAAACACCGGAGGAGCCCAAAUGGGGGCGCCCCGGGGCGCUGCUACCUCUCCAAAUCCGGGAAAAGGGGAAGAGCGGCGGGUGGAGAAUCCGGAGCCAGCAUCAGAUGCCUUGGAGCCGCUGUUGCGGGGAGAGAGCCUGGCCCAAAAACUGGAAGGGAAACCUCUGGCCGAUAAGCUGCGGCCGAGCCACCUGGGAGAUUAUGUGGGGCAGAACCGGGUGUUGGGGAAAGAGACACUCUUGCGGUCCUUGGUGGAGGCUCACGAAAUCCCCUCCCUCAUUCUCUGGGGACCCCCAGGCUGUGGAAAGACAACCUUGGCACGUAUCAUAGCCAAUAGCAGUAAGAAGAAUGGAACACGGUUUGUGACGCUGUCGGCCACAAGUGCCAAAACCAGUGAUGUCCGAGAUGUAAUUUUCCAAGCCCAAAAUGAAAAGAGACUCUGCAAGCGGAAGACUAUUCUAUUUAUAGACGAGAUACACCGUUUCAAUAAGUCCCAACAGGACACUUUUCUUCCUCACGUUGAGUGUGGAACCAUAACCCUCAUUGGGGCGACAACAGAAAAUCCUUCCUUCCAGGUCAAUUCAGCUCUGCUAAGUCGGUGCCGUGUUAUUGUUCUUGAGAAACUCUCAGUUGAAGCAAUGGAAGCUAUCCUGAUGCGAGCUGUCAAGUCCUUAGGGAUCCAGGUUCUGAGCCAAGACGAGGAACCCACCAGCUCUAUGAAUGCCAACAACAGCAAAAGCUCUGAGUUAUGUAUUGAAAAAAGAGCAUUAAAUAGUCUUGCCUACCUUUGUGAUGGUGAUGCAAGGACUGGGCUAAAUGGGCUCCAGAUGGCUGUCCAGGCAAGAUUAACCGACACCUCCCAUCAGGAUAACAACCAUGAAUGUUCUGCCAAACGAGUGGUCAUCACAGAAGAUCACGUGAAGGAAGGACUCCAAAGAUCCCACAUUUUGUAUGACCGAGCUGGCGAAGAGCAUUAUAACUGCAUCUCUGCACUUCAUAAAUCUAUGCGUGGCUCUGACGAAAAUGCUUCCCUUUACUGGCUUGCCCGAAUGCUUGAAGGGGGUGAGGAUCCACUCUAUGUAGCAAGAAGGUUGGUAAGAUUUGCAAGUGAAGAUAUAGGAUUAGCAGAUCCCUUGGCCUUACCUCAAGCUGUGGCUGCUUAUCAAGGCUGCCACUUUAUUGGAAUGCCGGAGUGUGAGGUCUUACUGGCACAGUGUGUAGUCUAUUUUGCCAGAGCACCAAAGUCUAUUGAAGUGUACAGCGCCUACAGCAAAGUGAAAGCAUGCCUAAGAGACCACCAGGGACCACUUCCUCCUGUUCCUUUACAUUUGCGGAAUGCACCAACCAGGCUCAUGAAAAAUUUAGGUUACGGUAAAGAUUAUAAAUAUAAUCCCAUGUACAAGAAUCCUGUAGAGCAAGAAUAUCUGCCUGAAGAGUUGAAAGAGAUUGAUUUUUUUACGCAAAGCAAAAUUUGAUGGAAGACCCUGUAUUGUUCAUGUGCAACUCAUUAUUCCUGCCAUAUUUUUCUCAAAAGUUCAUUUUGGUUUUAAGAAAACCGUAUUUUUCCAGAACAGCCAUAUUAAACUGGUUGCCUCAAACUGGGAUGCUUAACCUUUUUGCAUUAAAUAAUAUAUGUUAAUUACAUCGUCUUUGAUACAAAUGAAACAACGCUGAGGAUAUUCUACUGUUCCAAUUCAAGGCAAAAAGCUGCUCAGCACAGAUACAGAUAUACUCAAUAAUGUUGUCAAGAGAUUCCUUAAAGAAACUACAUCUUUUCUACACUAAUUAUGUAGUCAGAGGAAAAUAUGUGUUCUACUUAAGGAGUUGCUUCCUUUUCCACUUGAAAUCCAAAUAACUGCACAUUCCUAAACCAUUUUAUACUAUAAAGAAUAUUUUAUCGCAGGUUUUAUGCAGAAUGUAAGAAUCGUUUGAUAAUCUUAGAUAAAAUACGUAUUAUAUAGGUAAAGAACAACUAAAAUCACUGGAUUUAAUCAAAGAUAUAAAGGGCAUUAUUUCAGAAAUUUAAAAUAAAUAAAUAAAAAUUGCCCAGUCUAGCUAAUAUUAGGCUUUUUCAGUGGGGACUGAUAUAAGUAUAUAAUUAAUACAAUCCAUAGAACUUAAAAGGGCCUAAUUUUGACUUGUGUCCUUGGUUGGAAGAAAUACUGCAUUUGCACCUUAAGCUGAAAAAAAACCCCUUAUAACUGAAAUGUAACUUGAGAAAUUAUUUUUGAAACUGUGA